AUGCAAAUUUUCUGGACUUGUCUGGCCGGAUUUUUGAUCUACCCGCCGCCGGCUUUUGGCGCUAUUCAUUUUGGCAAACAACCACAACAGAAUCAAGGUAAGUUGGAGGGGUCCUUUAACGAAAAAAAAAUGUUUUUAUUUGCUGGAUUCUACGCGAAAUUGCGGACUUUUGGGGGAAGCACUGAAAUUUACGCGGAUUACUGUAGCUCGGUCAUUAAAGGAACAUAAUAAUUUUUUUUCAAAAUUGUCAAAAGAUUUUGAAUUUCGCGCCAAAAUUUUUGUUUCAAUUUUUGGGAUUACUGUAGCUCGCUCAUUAAAGGAACAUGAUCAUUUUUUUUUCAAAAUUUCCGAAAGAUUUUGAAUUUCGCGCCAAUUUUUUUUUGAAUUUUUGGGAUUACUGUAGCUCGGUCAUUAAAGGAACAUGAUAAUUUUUUUUCAAAAAUUACGAAAGAUUUUCAAUAUUUGCAUAGAAAUCUCUCAGAAAACGCCGAGAUUGACGUGCAAAUGCAGAAUUUGUGUUCAAAACAGUUGAUUUCACGAAAAAAUUGUACAUUUCUUCAGUGAAACACGGAAUUUCACGCAAAAUUGCAGAUUUCUCCUUCAAAACAUUAAAUUUGACGUGAAAAUGCAGAAAAACACUGAAUUUUACGUGAAAAUGCAGAAUUUCCAUUAGAAAACACUGAAAUUGACGGGAAAUUGCACCAUUUUACUUCAAAACACUUGAUUUUACGAGAAAUUGCAGAGUUUCCACUAGUAAACAAUGAAAUUGACGAAAAAUUGCACAUUUCUUCUGUAGAACAUGGAAUUUCACGCGAAAUUGCAGAAAAACACUGAAUUUUACGUGAAAAUGCAGAAUUUCCACUAGAAAACAAUGAAAUUGACGCGAAAAUGCAGAAUUUCACUUCAAAACACUAGAUUUCACGAAAAAUUGCAGAUUUCUUCAGUGAAACACGGAAUUUGACGUGAAAAUGCAGAAUUUCCACUAGAAAACACUGAAUUUUACAUGAAAACGCAGAAUUUCCACUAGAAAACAUUAAAAUUGACGGGAAAUUGCACAAUUUUUCUUCAAAACACUAGAUUUCACGAAAAAUUGCGGAUUUUUUUUGAAAAAACAUGAAAAUUGACGGGAAAUUGCAGAAAAACACUGAAUUUCACGAAAAAUUCCAGAUUUCUUUUGAAAAACAUAAAAAUUGACCGGAAAUUGCAGAAUUUCACUUCAAAACACUAGAUUUGACGAAAAAUGGCAGAAAACCACUGAAUUUUACGUGAAAAUGCAGAGUUUCCACUAGAAAACACUAGAUUUGACGUAAAUUUGCAGAAAAACACGGAAUUUUACGUGAAAAUGCAGAAUUUCCACACCUCACGAUAAAAAUUCAAAUUUUCCAGCUCCCGCGCCCAAACCCAUCCCCCAUCCACCGCUCCAAACCAUCUGCGACCUUUUCGAAGAGGCAACCGCGCUCCACUGCAUCGCCGAUCUUGUGGAUUAUGCCGAUUUGGCCAACAAUGUUCUCCACCCGCCGCUGAGUGCAGUAGAGCGCACUUGCGACAAAUUCCAGCAAUAUAUGAUGUGCACAAGCGGUGUGAGACCGGAUUGCAGGUAUUUUGGCGGGAAAAAAAGUGAGAAAAUUUUUGAAUUUGCAGACAAUCGCGCGCUCCGAAUAUCGAAAAAAUGUAUGAAACGAUUUGCGAGCCAAAAUUGGCCGAAAUAAUGCGGGAAGAGCGAGAAUGUUUGCUGGAAGUUGAAAAGUUGGUUUCUCCUCAUUUCUCUGCAACCUCCUCUCCUCUCACACUCUCUAAUCCCCUCUUUUUGCAGCGACAAAAACAUCAAAGAGUGUUUUGUGAACAAAACGAACACACUACGCGACGAGACACCCGAUACUGGUAUGUUUAAAAGUGAGAGAGCGCAGAGAAACCAACACUAGCUGAGGGGAAACAUGUUUAGAGAAUUGGGGCGAGUGGCUAGACGUGGCUGAGUGGUCUAGUGGUAUGAUUCUCGCUUAGGGUGCGAGAGGUCCCGGGAUCGAUCCCCGGCUCAGCCCACCUUGUUUUUGCUCGUUUUUUUAGUUUUAAUAUUUAGUUUUAAUAUAUUCGCGCCAAAAACCAACCCCAUAUUUUUUUACAGUAAUCGAUCCCACCAAAAACUACGAAUGUACCGUAAUCCAAGCCUACAUCGAUUGCUUGUUGGAACGCGAAGAAGACACGUGUAAAGACGCCGUGAAAAUCGAGCUCUCAUUUUUAGAAUUGCUCGCGCAUCGCAACGCGGACACCGCAUGCGAAUUGAAUUUGAAUGCGACGCGUCGCGGAAGACCGGAAAAACUCGAGGAAUGCGAUGAAAAUGGGAAUGACUGUAAAUGCCGGCUUCCCGGAUAUUAUUACGAUUUAGUCGCCAAAAAAUGCCUGGAUGUUGAUGAAUGUGAGAGUCGCGAUUCGCAAUGUUCGCAAAAGUGUCGCAAUUUUGCGGGCGGUUUUGCGUGCGAAUGCGACGCGCGAUUUUAUCGAUUGGCUGCGGAUAAUCGCACGUGUGAGCGACUUGACGCGUCGCCACUUUGGCUGUUUUUUGCGCAUGGACAGAGUGUUUGGAAUAUUUCGACGGAUGGCAAGAGUUUUCAAUUGCAGCGAGCUGGACUUCAGAAAACUGCCAUGAUUGAUGUGGAUGUUAAGGUUGGUUGGAGCUACAGUACUCCUACAGUACUCUUUGCGAAAUUCGGGUCAUUUUGAUACCAAAAAAGCUGGUUUUACGAUUCUUUUGAAACCAAACAUGGCAUACCUACAGUACCCCUAGAUGAUUUGAGAUCUACAGUAAUUUUUAUUUUGUAGAUCAAAACUACAGUAAUCUGAAUGUUUUACAAUCAUCCACAGUACCCUCCAAAUUUCAUGUAGAUCAAAACUACAGUACUCUCAAUUUUAAAGGAACAUAACUACAGUACCCUAUCAUAUUUAGUGCCAAAAUGUUCCAAAUUUCAUGUAGAUCAAAACUACAGUAAUUUAAAGGAACAUAACUACAGUACCCUCUAUCAUAUUUAGUGUCAAAAUGUUCCAAAUUUCAUGUAGAUCAAAACUGAGAACAUAACUACAGUACCCCAUCAUAUUUAGUUUCAAAAUGUUCCAAAUUUCAAGUAGAUCAAAACUACAGUACUCAAUUCAAUUUUAAAGGAGCAUAACUACAGUACCCUAUCAUAUCUAGUGUCAAAAUGUUCCGAAUUUCAUGUAGAUCAAAACUACAGUACUCUCAAUUUUCAAGGAGCAUAACUACAGUACCCUAUCAUAUUUAGUGUCAAAAUGUUCCAAAUUUCAUGUAGAUCAAAACUACAGUAAUUUAAAGGAACAUAACUACAGUACCCCCAUCAUAUUUAGUGUCGAAAUUUUCCGAAUUUCAUGUAGAUCAAAACUACAGUAAUUCAAAGGAAAAUUUUAAAGGAGCGUCGCCUAUAUUACGCUGACAUUGGGGCAAAUGUGAUUGAGCGAAUGAACAUCGAUGGAACUUUUCCGCAAGCUGUUCAGAGAUUCGACGUGGAUGGACUCGAAGGAAUUGCUGUCGAUUGGAUUGCAAGAAAUUUGUACAGCUUGAGGAGGUACGGUAGGCGGGAGGGGGUUUUUUGGCGCGAAAAUUUGAUCUGAAAUUCGAAAAUUUUUAGAUCCGACAUUUUGGUUCAAAGUUUGGACGGGCGAUUUAGACGAAGUCUCUAUAAGGAUGUGAUGAGAUUGCCGAGAAGUAUUGCAUUGCAUCCGGCAAAAGGGUGAGUUUCAGAUGAAAAUCUGAAAUUUUCAGAAUUUUCUGGAAGUUCCAAGUUGUAGCUCUUGAAAUUUGCUACAAUUUUGAUGUUGCGAACUUUUUCUGAAAAUUUUGUUUGGGGGCUGAAAAUCGGGUCUGAAACUGCAAGUUGAAUAUUCGAAACAAUUUUAAAAAUCUAGGGUUUCAGAUGAAAAUCUGAAAUUUCUAGAAUUUUCUGGAAAUUCCAGGUUGUAGCCCUUGAAAUUUGCUACAAUUUUGAUGUUGCGAACUUUUUCUGAAAAUGCAGUUUUCGGGCUGAAAAUCGGGUCUAAACUGAAGUUUUUAAAAAAAAUUUUUCAAUUUUCAUUUAAAAAAAUUUGAAAAUUUCUAGAUCAUGUGAGAUUUCAAAAGAAAGCUCUUGAAAUUCUCUAAAAACUGUAAUUUGUCUGAAAAUCCAAUUUUUUGUCUGAAAAUCCAAUUUUCAGCCUGAUGUUCGUCACUGAUUGGUCCCCCAAUGCAUUCCUCGCCGUCGCCACUCUCGACGGCUCCCGUUUCCAAAAAAUUAUCACAGAUCGUAUAACCUGGCCAAAUGCCGUAGCUUGCGAUGUUUACGCCGACAAAAUCUAUUGGGCUGACGCUUUUCUAGACACAAUUGAGGUGGCGAAUUUGGAUGGGACAGGUCGUCGGACAAUUAUUGCGGAUGCCGGAUCGGUUCCGCAUGUUUUCGGACUUGCGGUUGCGGAUGAUCAUUUGUAUUGGACAGAUUGGACGUAUCGUGGACUUUUGCGCGCCAAUAAACAUAAUGGGGAGAAUAUUACGGUACUUGCGCAGACUGCGUUGCUACCGUAUUCGUUGAAGGUUUUCCAUACGUCGCAACAGCCUCAAGGUACGGUUUUUGGGGUUAUUUUGAGUCCAAACAGUGUUUGUUUUUUUUUCAUAAAAUUAAAAAAAAAACAAAAAAUUUCGACCACGGCAGGACUCGAACCUGCAAUCCCCAGAUUCGAAGUCUGGUGCCUUAUCCAUUAGGCCACGCGGCCACACUUUUCUUCUCUGCAGAAUCGUCCCCAUGUGAACGAAACGGCUGCCAACAAUUGUGUCUGUUGGGCGAGACGGCGAGAGAGUAUGCGGAGAGUGGAGAGGCGAAAGACAACGAGGGAAAAAAGGCUGGACAAAAUGUGAAAUGCGCUUGUGGAGAGGGUUUCGAGUUGGAAUCGGAUGGAAAAACGUGCUCUUCGAAUUGUACCGCGUCACAAAUUGAGUGUGGUGGAAGCGAUGCAAAGUGGGUUGCUGAAAAUCGGAGAUUUUCAGCCGGAAACUGAAAAUUUUAAUUUUAUUUCAGAUGUAUUUCAAAAUUAUAUCUUUGCGAUGGAUUGGCACAAUGUUCAAAUCAAGCCGAUGAGUUGAAUUGUCGUGAGUUUUUUUAAGCCUAAGCCUAAACAGGCCCUUUAAAGGCCCCAUUUAAGCUCAUUUAAAGGAACAUGGUGUCAAAAAACGCAAAAAGGCCAUUUCAGGCUUAAUCUACAAGCCUAAAAAUGCCCCAUAGCACCAAGAAAUCCCAAACGUUUGCAGCUCCCCGGAUCUGUCUCCCUGGCCAAUUUCAAUGCCACGACAACAAAAAAUGUUUGCCACCUGGCGGACUUUGUGAUGACGUGGUUGAUUGUGCUGAUUCUUCUGAUGAAAAAUAUUGUCCACAACAAACAGCAAAGAGUUUUGUAUCGAAACACGCGCCAAAACAAUUUUAUUCUAAUUAA